AAAUGACCCUUAGUGUAGCUUUGUGUUGGACCUAUAUUAUUGUUCAUGGUCUGUUUGCCUUUCUGUAACUGCGAAGGGUAACAUCAGUGGGUCCAGGGUGAAGCAAAGUGUUAUCGGGAUAUAUGAAGUUUUAUUGAAAGUGAAAUGACUGACAUUGAGCAGUUUUCCAUGGGAUCUGGUGUCACUUUUUCAGAUGGGUAUAAUUACGGACCAUAGAGAGAGAGCAAGCAGCAGAGUGGUAGUUUAUUUAUUGAUGCUAAGCAUGCUAAGGUUAAGGUUGGUGCACUGUGCAUAAAAAGCACCUGAACAUCCAGCUGGUGGUAAAAGACAGCAUGCGGUCCUCCAUCUCUCUCACUUGUCUGUUUUUAUCUCUGCCUGACAAGACGGCUGACACAUUCAGACGUCUGUCUCUUCACUCGCGCUUUGUGGUCGCACACCUGAGGUGCAGCAGAUUGAGUUUCAUGACCUCCUGCCUCUUCUUCACAAACUCCUUUCCUUCGAGCCAAUCGGCAUUUCUCCUCUCCUCCGUCUCAUCUCUCUCACCUCCCUCCCUCUCUGCAGCCUAUUUUGUGAACCAGAAAGAGGGGCUGAUUGGGUUUCUCUCCUCUACAGACCGGCCUGUCUCCCUCCCAGUGGCCUAGACUCUGGUGGGGUCAGGUUGCUCUGAGCCAUCAACAUUCAGUCUGGGUCACAGACGACAAAAUGUUUUAUACCUGGUAGCCAAAAAAUGCUUCUAUUAUUUUAAAGAAUGUGGGCAGUGUAUACCUCUUUUUAUGUUGGAGUCAGGUGCUUAGAGACUGUCUGGUCUGUUUAUAAUGGGUUAGAACAUGUGGCCACAUGAGCUCCCCUGGCAGCACCUGCCCAUAGUUCUGGAUUUGUGGAGGCCCCGAUGAGAGUAAUAAUCUGUAAUUGUUUCCCUUGUGCGGUCUGACUCUGUCUGAUGUUUUUUGCAGUGAUUCCUCCUCUUAUUAUUUAUCAAUGCAUAUUCAUGAGACUGAGGACAACAUAUUUAGUAAGCUUGAAUUAGAGGCCAACCCCCCACAUGUCUCAUCCCUUUCUUCUGAGUGAAAUUAAAGAAACCUCUUUGUGCAUCGACUCCCAGUUGUGCAUUUAAAAGCCAUAAAUCCAGUCUAAUAAUGUAUAAUUGAUCAAUUUGAUCUUUCUUUUCUUAUAUAAAUGAUCAUAUACAUAACUAUCAGAACAGAAGCAAAUACUGAUACUUUCUCAGUUUCUUUCCUUGAUUUAUCUUUGCUGAGAGAUGUGAUUAAUAUUUUAGAGGGAGGAUCUUGUAAUCCCAACAGAGACAUGGGCAUUACAAGAGGAAGAGUGAGGUGCCAAAAAGCACAUAAACAAAUCUGAUCCUCUCCAACUUCUCUUGGGCUAAAACAUGAAGUUGCUACACAUGCUGUAGAACCAAGAAGUUGUCAUAAACUUUAGCUAUUUCAGAGAUUCUGUAUGUUUAGUGAGUCUCCCGCCAUUCAAGCUCUAGUGCAGUGCACAUUUCAUUUCCGACCCCUGCUUGGUUUUCCUGUAACUGGACGCCGGGGCUGAUUAAUAAAUCAUCCGUGGUGUGCUGCUGGCUGAUCACCGGAGCCCUUCCAGCUGUAUAAGUGGUGAAAGGCGCCAUAAUCUCCCCAGAACAAGAUCUGGACUGAGAUUGAGGCACACAGCGGGAGGACCACAACACCCUAUUUAGGAGCAGCAUGUUAAAACCCCAGCAGCACGGUGAGCUUCUCCUGCACGAGCCGCCGGUUUUUGGGAAGCCGUGGUACUGGCAGCGCAGCAGCAGCGCCAUGGCGAGCAGCCGCAGCCUGGCGCACGUCAUCCUGGAGAUGCGCGAUGAAAUCAAGAAGUUGGAGGCGGAGAACCGAGAGCUGCGGGGAGACGACGGGCAUCGUUCAUUUAAGGCCAUGCCAGCAGAAGCCGGCCCGGUGUUUUCAGCAACAGAGCAGCGGGCGGGAAUGGAGGAAAACCCGUAUGUAACCCUGAGGCGAAAUGCGUCUUUGCCAGUCCUGGAGAGACCACAUACAGAGAACAGUGUCAUGACUGUACGAAGGUACUCCAUAAGCUCCAAAUUGUCUGGUGUGACCAUGACAGAGGGAAGGACCGACAGGGCACAGCAGAGUGACUCUGGAUGGAGAAGAUUACAGAAAGAGAGCAUCUCAGUCAGAGGAGAAGUAACACAAGUUACCAACAGGCACUCCCUGCAAGAAUAUGUACACAAAAACAGGGCCAAGGUAAAAACUGUCACAUUCCUUCUACCUGUGGAUGAUAUUUACACCAACCGGCCAGCUCUGACCAAACACCAGGAGGAGCCUAAAAUCACUGAGCUGACUUCCAUCACCGAAACAGAAUCCUGAGAGAAGCAGCACUUUUGAAGAUUUAGGAUGUGGCCAUGAUGAGACAAAAAUGCACACAUGAACCAAGCCUCAAAACAAGCUAGCCUCUUCAUUUAGGUCCGUGUUGAUUGGGCUCUUAAUGAGUGAGCCAGCCGACCGAUUUUAUCACACCUGACCACACAAACAGAAGAAUCUGGUUACCGGUGUUGUUUUCAUCCGGCCAUCGUAAUCCGGGCCCGGUUAACAGUGACACGGGGCCCUCUGCAGCGAGGAUCAGAUGUCUGGACUCCUCUCCCAACCUCGGGUGUCGUUUCAGAGUAGGACACACACCUGCAGGUGACGGCCCUUUUACGUUGAGUUGUGGUCACUAACUCAGGCCUCGUGAGCAAAAUCAGACUCAAUAGUCAGUAAUCAUCUUUGUUUCUUUUCACCAUGUAAACUAAAAUGGGUAAUCAAGGGGCCACAUGUGUGUUUCAAUGUGUUCCUAAAGAGUGUGUAUAGUACACAUCACAGACGGUAGUGUAAGCCUUUGUGUAUAGAAGGCUCCCUGUAAAUAUACAAGUGUUUGGCAUACUAAUAUAAAAAAUGUAAGUAAGGCCCCUUUAACAGUCAUUAUAAGCUAUUACAUAUGAUAUAUGCAGUGUUAUGAAUAAUUUUUGGCAAAAUUUAAGAAGCUCAUUUAUUGUAUUCAUUAAAUCUCAAAAUAAAUAUUUCUGAGUAUUUCU